AUGGCCGCUCGCGAUGCGCCCAAACCCCCCAAAAUCGACCGCCAAUCCACCACCCCCUUCCACCUAAAGCUCUUCUAUCGCGUCAACAACUUCCACCCGCUCUCCGACUUCGCCCCUCCCAGCCCCCCACACAACUACAGCGGCCCUCUCAGCGGACCGAACUCGAUCCGCUCGCGAUCCCCGCCGCCCCAGCAACAACAACAACAAGCUACCAGCAACCUCCCACCGCACCUGCAGAUCUACACCUGGCAGUCGUGCACCCUGCGCGAGCUCUCGCAGCUGCUCACGUCCGCGUUACCAUCGCUUCUGCCCGACCCGGCCGUCGGCACGAGACUCUGCUUCCGACUCAUUUACCCCGACACGAAGGCGGCGGCGAGUAUGGGGCCCGAUGCGCGCGGGCGCUAUCUAAGCAAGGACAUGGGGAGUGUGGUCGUGGGGCCGAGGGAGAGUCCGUAUCGCGACGAAACGCAGCGACGGCUUGAGGAGGAAGGGAGGGAAGAUGAGGCGGAGGACGAGGGCGCGGGCAAGAAGAAGGGUGGACCUGCGGCCCGGGCGCUGCGUCUGCAGGGCCAUGAUGCCGAAAAGACGUUGCAGGAGAUGCGGUUCGUGAUUGGCGAUUAUGUUGAUUGUGCGGUGUUGCCGCCGUUGGAGGAUGGGUCCGUUGCGCCGCCGUUGACGGUUGGGCGGGGCGCGAUGAGCUCGACGGUUGGAGGGGGGAUGAGAGCGUUUAGGGAGCCUGGGUUUGGGAGGUCUGGAGGCGGGAGGGGAGGAAGAGGUGAUCGUGGGGGUGAUCGUGGGAUGAUGCCCAUGGGAGAUUGGAAACGGGGAGAGAGGUUACCGGAGGGAGGAGGGGGUCGUGGAGGGAGGCGAGGAUGGGCACCGUAUUGA